CUGCCUCUCUUGUAAUAUACCGAAAAUUGCAACCUUGUCAUCUGUGAUAUUACAAGAGUCAUGAUUUUUUCGGACUCGAUUCAGUCAGACUGAAUUGAAAAACGGGGCCACACGCCCUCUCUUUUUGUCUGCGUGCUUUGCUUUCAUUUUCUUAUCACUCGUUAUGCGUCUGAAGGAAAAAGCACAAGGCAUUCGCAUUAAAGCUUUUGCAGCGUAUAAAUUCGGGAGCACCAUCCCAUAAACCUAAAUUAAACUUAUCAUUUUUCGCCAUCUCCCUUCCGGUGGGUGUCCACUCGUUUCGAUCCGUUAAUCCCAAAACACUUCAGUGCAUUCCAGCGCUUACGAAUGUCACGUGACUUCCCUUGGAGACGCUUCAACACCUUGUUGAUAGUUGCAUCGAGUACAUGGUUGAUGUUCAUUUGUCGGCCAAGAAGCGAGUUUCGACCAUUUUUGUCAAGGUACCUCUCUUCCUAAGCCAGGAGUGAUGUGGACUGGAGAGAAUACCUAAUGCCUUCUUUUAAUCCGUUGCCGAAAGCUGCACAGUCGGCGGUGGGCAAACUUACUUACACUUUUGCGCCAUCUCCUCUGAAGUCUAAAACUCACAUUCCAGCGUUGCCGACAAUUCCACCGCCAGUUAGCACAAUAACGCAGUCAUAUCGACCCAAGGUUCCCGUCAAAUUAGCCACAGUAAGCUUAGUUGGAAGAAGAGAUCACUCCAAGAAUGCUCCGAGUGUGUUGACUGAGGAAAAGGAAGACGAAACUUUUGCAAGUCUUGAGGAAUGCUUGCAGUCUCGUCCUCCACUGCAACUGGAUCUGACAGGUCCUAAGCCUACAAGUUAUGACCCACCUAUAAGUCUACCAUGGGAAACUUCAUCACCAUGUUAUACGAUGAGACCCAAAACACAGCCAGAGAGAGAUAGAGGAGGUGACAGAGUAGCUUGGAGCAAACAGUGGAUUGCCAGUCCAGAUAUCUGGACAUUUAGAGCAAACUUUGAUAGCAGGUAUACCUGGCCAUCUCCUGCUCAUUACACCUCUAGAAAUACUGUGGGAAGUCCACAGUUUGUUCUAUCCCAGUCACCUUCACAUACAUUUGGAAAAAGAAGGGAAUUCUCUAUAUCCAAGAAAGGUUCAGAAGAUGAACCAGCCCCAAACCAGUACAACCACAACAAAGCAAAGGAGAAGUUGUUGAAUAAAUCGCCAUCCUAUUCAAUUCAGCAAGGUAGACGAGGUGGAACAGUGUUUUGGAUGGCAAGAGAGCCUGUUCCAGGUCCUGGGUCAUACAAUCCUCAUGUGUAUCGCACAAGUUCUAAGCGCUGUGCCCCAGCCUUCACAAUGUCAAGGACACCCAGAGAGAUUGGAAUCACUCAAAACUGUACCUUUUGAGGGAAAGAAUGUCUGAAUGAUUUUGUGGACACUACUGGAUCAACAGCACCUUUCCUCUUCAAGGGACGCUACUUUUUCACCACCAAGACAUCGUUCAUUUGGCAUUCAGCAAGUUAAAGGCUUGGCUUUUGAUAUAAGACGUGGGGUCGCUGUACAUUUGUUGUUGAUGCAGUGUGCCUUGUGUUUCAGUAUCUCAAUCUCUAUAUUCUUGAAUAAUCAUGAUAUUGGCGUGACAAUCCAUAUCAUGUGAAAAAAAUUCAGUGUGUUGUCAGCUUUUCUCGACCAUUUUAAUACAGAAACUAUAUUUUCAUAGGUGUGUGCAGAGUGUAUUUAAAAUUUUUCAUGGGUAAUUAUACUCAAAACGGGUGUCAAAUACAGAUUAUUAACGUGCAAUGGAGGCUAAUAAAUUUUAUAACUAA